CAUUGACCCACAAGUGAUCAUGGAUGACUUAAUUUAUAUCAUUGCUUAUUAGAGUCAAGCCUAAGAAGUAUCUAUUUGAAAAUAAUGUUGUUGCUAGUAUGCUUUCUUCCAGUUUUUCUAUUCCUCACUUACCAGAUAGAUCUAUUAAUAGUGUAACUAAGUAUUCAACUAAUUUAGAGUUUAAGUUUUCUGAAGAUAUGUAGUGGUUAGAAGUUGUAAGGCAUACAUAUAAUAUUAAUCUGUUUAGAAUUAUGUGACUGGAAAAAUCACCAGGAUUGUAUUUAUCUUUUGCAUGAAUUAGUGGUCAUAAAUAGAAACUAUGGUAUUUCAUUGUUUAUCUGUUUGAUGGUGGCUGGAAGUUGAAUUCGGAACACAUUUCAUCUCAUUUUGGACCGAGCAAACAUCGUCAUAGCAAAACUGCUGAUAAUAUCAAAGCACCUAUACAAGGCGCCAAUAUACUAAGGUAAGCAGUUGCUAUCUGUCCGAAAUAGUGAACGGUGAGAGACUCAAAGUUUGAUGGAAACCUAACUAGUAUUUCAUACAUUAAAUUGAUCAAUUUUCAAUCACAUGAGCAGCAAGUAAUCCGUUAGUUUAUUUGGCAUCCUAACUUAACAUUUUCAUGAUGAAAUAACCUUGAAAAGUAGUCUUGCGUUGCCUACUGGAAAAUGUUUGCUAAUAUGAAAUAAGCCAUUUGCUGUAUUUUGUUGUCUUAUUGUGUCAUUUUAUUAAUUCAGAAUCCAAAGACUAACGGCUUCUGGGAUAUAAACCAAUAAUGUUUGGAAUUCGCCACUUAACGAUGAUUUUGUGUUGUCCACUAUCUAUAUGGAGAAAUUCCUGCAGUAACACUGACCCUGGCUACUUUAUUCACAGCUCAUCUAUGAUCUAUCCUGUUACUGCUUCAACACUAAAUUUUAAAGUGAACAAAUAUUUCGCUUCUGAGGGUUAACUAUCAACGAUGUCAACAGAUUUAUAUGUUUUGAAUGUCUCUGUAUGGGAUGUCUACCUAUUAAGUUCACUGAAUAUCAAAAGAUUAUGGGCUAUAGUAAAGUUUGCUAACUAUAAACCUUUUGAGCUGUUUGAAGAGCCAAAAUAUGUUGAAAGGCUUCAUGAUAACUAUGUUUUCUCAGUGAGACGCAGUAGAUCUGCUUUAUUUCAGUGUGAUAUAAAACAACUAGCUAUCUUUUGUCAUCUAAUAGUACGCCGCUUUCCUUAGUUUUUGGUGAUGAAUUCACUGAGAGCGCUUUUGAAGAUUCUAACCAAAAGAAGUGCAAAAGUUUGUUGAUUAUGUACUGUUCCCUUGGAAAGAUUUACUUAUAUGUUCAACAACUCAAGCUUAAUUCAUCAUGUAGAUGAAGAAUCACAGAUUACGGACUCAUUUCCUGUACGAAAUGUAUCUGGUGAAACUAUGGGGCAUGUUCGCUUGCGUGUUUCCCUGAAAUGUGUUCCAUCAAACAAACCCAACCAGCCUACGCCGAAUGGAAGUAACACCAGUAUGAAUCAACCAAAGCCAUUCCCUUUAAUGCAUAGUAGAAACUGUAAUUUGCAUAGCGUUUCACUUCUGCAUGAUCGAAAAGUUCAAACGUACAAACAGCAUCUUGAAUGUUCAACUCAAACUGAAUACGAACAUGACGUUUUAUCUCACAUACCAUCGUUUGAUAGUAGAGUGUAUUUAAAUGAUAAGCCACAUGAAAUAAAGAAAAUGACUACUGUCAGCAUACUUGGUCAGCCAGUUUCACCAUAUUGCAUCUUAUAUUACACUAAUCCGAAUGUGAAUAUAUGGCAAAAAGAGAAUUUGGAUGUUGCACCAAUUCAACCUUCUGCAUUAUGUUUUACUCACACAAAAGAACCAAUGAAGUCAUGUUCUUGUGAAACAGAAGGUGAACAAAUAUAUCAGAGAAUUCAUCAGCCACUUUCUUCAACUGAAAGAACAAAUCAAAGGGCUUAUUCAUCCUCGAAACUACAAAACGAAAUGAAUCCCAUAACAACUAGUUUGCCAACUCUACGAUCUCUAAUUGAAGAAAUGAAAAUUCUCAAAGAGUCUCAAUCACAUUAUGAUGAACCAUUUGUUGGACAAAAUGAACAAAUUUCAUCUUUAAUAAGAGCAAUUCAAAGUGAACUUUCAGCUCUAACCGUCAAAAACAAACACUCAUCUUCAAAAAGUAUGAAAUCUGUUCAACCUACCACAUUUUGGUCACAAUCAAGAACGCCUUUUACACAUGAAAAUAAAAUGACAACAAAACAUCUCAGAAAACUUGCCUCACCAAAGCAUAGGCCUCCUCCACCGGGAAAAAUGGUUCCCAAGGAUCGAGGAUGGUUACGCUCAACCCCAGUGUAUCGUGGACCAACACAAAGUUCUUUAGUGCCGAAACUGACGUUAACUCAUUUUUUGCGUGUACAAAAAAAUAAACCAUCUAUAGUUCAUUGUUUAACUUCGUCAGCUAAAGAAUGCAAAGUUCCUCUUCAUAGAACUGCCCAUUCAGAACGUAAGAGUCUUGCCGGUAACAAGGAUGUACAUGUUAAUGAAACUCCUCUGAAGAAACUUGAACUGGAAAGUAUUGAAAAAGCUCAGUCUAACCAUUCCGAGCAAAAGUCAGAGGUAACCAGUACAUAUGAAGAUUCUUCCACCUCGUCUAUAUCAGAGGAUACAUCAUCGGAUGAUGAUGCACAUGUAACCAAUAGCAGAUGUAGUCAUAUUAACGACAAUGAUAAUCACAGCAAUAAUAACAUCUUAACAAUAGACGCGAUAUCAGACAAUAAAAAGCAGUCUAGUUUAUUGAAAUCCCAGUCUGUUAACGAUGAAAAGUCGAUGACAAAAGAAUCAAAAUCUAGUGUAGCAAUCUAUGUAACGACCAAAAAAUCCAAAUUAUCAUCAUCAUCAUCAUCAUCGGAUUUGCAAAGUGAAGAUUUCUUGAUGAUACAACCGAAACAAUCGAAUUUCUCUCCACAGAUGUCAACAGCCAAUAGUCAUAUCUUACAAAAAUGUAAGCAACAAAUGCAGCAGUUGGAAACCACAGCUAAAACGAAACACAUUGAUGACUAUAUUGAUAACGAGCAGGAUGAUGACGACUCAUCAGCGCCUGUUGGAACUUUGAGUGGACAUUUCAGUGAUAAGUUACAAGUAUCAAUGAAUGUGACACAUGAGAGAAGCGUUGAUGGUGAUGAUGAUGUUGACAUCGGUGAUGAUGUUGAUCUGACAUCGUAUUCUGGUGAUUAUGAAGAUUCGCAAAAUACUGGAUCUCUGUCAUUUAGAUCGAAGCGAAGAGACAAUGUCAAGAUUCCCGUUCUGUCGAGUCCAGUUGAAUCAAAGCAUGAAAAUAGUAAUAAACAAAGACUAGAAAGUAUUUCUCUUGAUGGGACAACACGAAUGACAAGUUUUACCAAAGUGACAGCACCUUUGGAUCGCCGAUUAGUUUAUGGUGGUACAACAGGUGAACUAUUAACUGACACGAAUAUCCCUCCAUCAAUGAUAUCUGGUACAGACGAUGUUGGAGUAGAUGAUGAAGAGGAGGAUCCAAUUGUUCAAGGUGUAACCAAUUUACCUCCUACUACAAUUACUGAGUCUUCUCAGCACAACCUAGAUUUAUUUGAAGAAUUCGAUAUUGAAGCCAUGCGUUCACGUAGUUCACAAGACUAUAUCCUCGGUGGUACAGUAACAACAUAAAAAAGGAUAUAUUUCUAUUCUUUGAAGAGGUUUGUAUAUUUUGAACCAGCACAAGAAAAUGAUCUUAAAAUGCUUUUGUUAAUAAACAAAACUGACCAUUUUAAAACAUGCUAUCGUACAUCAUGUGUUUUAGAGUACACGCUGACCUUAAAAAAUUUCAUCAAAACUGAUAAUAAGUUGUAAACACAUUGAAUGUUUGCCAACUAACCAAGAUCUAUUAAUCCUGAGUGUAAGAAGCCAUCGUGAUGAAUCAACAGAAAUAAAAAUGAAUGUGACGGUAAACAAACUAAAUUUUAUUUCCUCAUGUGUAGUGACUGAUGGUUAUGUUGUUGAGAAUUCUUGGUCGUUUCAUCUUUACAUUUUUCUUGUUGGUUUGUUUUCGUCCAACACAAGCGUAUAUGUGCUCAUGUAUAUAUAUUUAUCGGUACUUACCAUACCCAUAGAUAGUAUGUUACUACUACAGUUUUCAUGGUAUUAUUCGCCAUAUUGAGUUUAUUUUUGUGAGUUGCUUUCAUUGGUUCUAAGAGUAGUAGUAGAUUUAAUACGUGAACCGACUCAAAUUUUAGGGUGCUGCUUAUUCCUCAUGUUGUAAAAGAGAAGACAUUCAUAUCAUUGCCUGUUUAUAGCCUAGUAAGUAGCACACCAUUCAAUUAGAUGCAUCUGUAGCGUAGGUUUUCACAGUAUAACAAAAUGCCGAUGAAUUUUUUAUUCGCUGGUUGGAUAUAUAUUUUCACUUCAAUGGGAAAUUUAUUAGCUCUUCGAACUGUAAUAACUGCUGAGUCUUGGGCCUAGAAAAAAGUACUAAAGACAUAACUGAUUUAAAUCUUAACAUAUCUUUCACUUUUUUGCAGUUAUGACUCACUGGGAGGCAGGUAUGCACAGCUGACGAGUCCUAAGUAGGAAGAAACGCGCGUCUUGACUUCCACUCCUAGCUACUGUCCAUUGAUUAACAUAUUGUUUAUUCUUUUAGCUUUUGUAAUUCAGGUGGCUAUGUAUAGAUAUUUAAAUGCUGCUUCUCAACCAAAAACUUGGUUUUGUAUUGACUUUAAUUUAUUGUAUCUUUGAAUCUUCAGUGUUGUUAGUACUGAUUUAUUCUAAGAUUGAGUUGUUAUUAUUCUUGUAUGCC